GUGAGUUUGGCUGGAAAUAUUAUAUCUCAAUCUAAAGCAGGCCGGCUGUGUUUGAGAGGAGGAGUCAGAGUAGACUCAUCACAUCUAUAAAAUGAAAUACAGAUGCCUCAGAUGAUUGAGAGGACUGAUAUUCCUGCAGCACUCUGAGGUCCUGCAUCAUGGACUGCUGUGAAGACCUGGUCAGAUAUCUGAGCUAUGGGAUGAUCCUGACCUCCAUCGGGUACCUGGUCCAUCACAAGAAGGCACAGAGCUCCUAUGGGCGACACAUGGGGCUCCCUCUUCCGGCGAGGAUGGUCCCAGCAGCGGUGGCCUGGUUCCUGCAGGAGAUGCCGGCGCUCCUGAUCCCUCUUCUUUUACUGCUCACCUCGCACAAACCCUCCAACAUGGGGAGGAACCUGCUGCUUGGGACCUUCUGUGUGCACUACUUUCAGAGGACGUUUGUGUACGCCCUGCUGACCAGAGGAAGGCCGUUCCCUCUGGGUGUCAUGGCGGCAGCAGGUUUCUUCUGCUCUCUGAACGGCUCCCUGCAGGGUCACUACCUGCUGCACUGCGCCCACUUCGAUGAGGACUGGUCGGCUGACUGUCGCUUUAAGAUCGGUCUUCUGAUGUUCUACGUCGGGAUGGCCACCAAUAUUUACAGCGACUAUAUUCUACGCAACCUGAGGGACCGAGGAGAGGUCAUGUACCGGCUUCCUAAAGGAGGUCUGUUUGAAUACGUCUCAGGUGCAAACUACUUAGGAGAGAUAGUGGAGUGGCUCGGCUACGCUGUGGCCACGUGGUCUCUCCCAGCGCUCGCCUUCUCUCUGUUCAGCCUGAGUUUCAUCGGACCGAGAGCUUACUACCACCACAGGUUUUACAAAGAGACCUUCAAAGACUAUCCCAAGUUACGAAGAGCUUUGAUUCCCUUCAUCUUCUGAGAGGAAACACCUGAGCGGCAGCUUUUAAAGGCUGACUGUACCUUUAACAAAAACACAGAGCCAACACAGAAACCUGCACUCCUCUUUCUGUCUGUUUGAUUUCAAGUUUUAAUUUAAUCACAAACAUCAACGCCUUACAAAUACAGGAAGUCAUCAAUUUGAAAAAAGAUGGAUUACUGAGAA